GCGCAUGCGUCAGUUUUUCCGGUUCUGCCACAUGAAAUUUCAUACUCACGGCAAAAUCUCUUUCGGUUUCCUCUACUAUGUACCUGAUAAACUCAUUUUUAGAGCACUUAUGAUACUAUAAAGCCCAUAGUGGUAUGGAGAAAACAGAUAUUGAAGAACCGCCUCAGAAGAAAAGAAAAAGUGAAGGAAAUUUUGAGGCUAAUAAUGAAAUUCUGGAAAAUGGAAGUGUUUUGAAAAGAGUCAAAGUCGGAUCUAGAAAAAGCCAGUUGGCUCUUUUUCAAUCAAAUUUUGUUGUUGACUUAUUGAGGAAAAAUUAUUCUAACAUUUCCUAUGAUAUUGUGCCUAUGUCAACAACUGGAGACAAAAUUUUAGAUGUUGCAUUAUCAAAGAUUGGAGAAAAAAGCCUUUUUACAAAAGAAUUAGAAGUAGCUUUAGAAAAAGAUGAAAUACAUUUUAUUGUUCAUUCCUUAAAAGAUUUACCAACCUCUCUACCUCCUGGGAUGGUCAUUGGUGCCAUAUGCAAAAGAGAAAAUCCAUUUGAUGUAGUAGUAUUCAGUGAGAGUUCUACGUACAAAGACUUAAAGGAAUUGCCCAAUGGCAGUGUUAUAGGAACAAGCUCUCUUAGAAGAAUAGCACAACUGAAAAAACUUUACCCUUCCCUCACAUUUGAAAGUGUGCGAGGAAAUUUAAAUACCAGAUUACGAAAACUUGAUGAUGACAAUAAGUAUUCUGCACUAAUACUUGCUGCAGCUGGAGUAAUUCGACUUGAUCUGGAGCAUCGCAUUGGAAAGAUUCUUACUCCAAGUGAAUGUAUGUAUGCUGUUGGACAAGGAGCUCUGGCAAUCGAGUGCAAAGCAGAUGAUUUACCAACAAUACAUUUACUUUCAAAAAUAUCAGAUAAGGAUACAACAUUAUGCUGUAUUGCAGAGAGAGCUUUUAUGAAAAAAUUAGAAGGCGGAUGCAGUGUUCCAGUAGCAGUUUAUUCUCGCAUUUUAAAUGAAAAAUUAUAUUUGAAAGGAGGUGUGUUUAGUCUGGAUGGCUCCAAGUGUAUAAUUGAGGAACUAUCUACAGAUUUUAAAGUGAAAAGCAAGCAAGAUAUUAAACAACAGCAUUAUGCUGGAAUAGUGGCCCCUCAUAUACCACAUUCUUUAUUACACAUAUCAAACCAAUUAGGCGAAGCAUUAGCAGAAUUACUUUUAGAAAAGGGAGCUGCAGCAAUUCUGCAAGAAGUUAGAACAAAUUCAUGAAAAUCAUCGUAUGCCAUGACAUCUUUUUUUAGAAAUGUUAAAUAUUUUUGUAUGUUUUUUAUAAAUUGUUGAUUUUACUUGAAGUCUAUUUUAUUGUAACAAAUAUAACUUUUUGA